AUUAGAGUAACAGCAUUGGAUCAGACUGUUGUCUGUCCAAAAUAUCCCAAACUCAAUUCACUUCCGGUUUUGUAGCGUAUCCUCACUGUCAUGUAACAUGGUUUCCCACGAACUCUGACAACAGGACAACUUUGUCCGUGGACUUUUCUCCUUUACUUUUCAUCGACUGGGCGUUUACGAUAUCGUGAAUCCAUGUCCAAAGACGGUCGCCAUGAUGGACGGCGGCGCGGUGUGGGGCAACACCGUCUCGGACCGAGAGCCGGACAUGGAGUUGACGGGAGGGAGAGGUCUGGCAGUAACAGCUCGGGGUCCUCACAUGGAGGAGGAAAAGGCAAAAAUGCGUCAAUCGGUGUUUUGAAGGCAUCUUUCCAGCGCUCCAACAGUCAAGACAAAGUACGAAGGAUUGUCGCCGAAGAGGGCCGUGCAGCUCGGAACCUCAUUGCAUGGAGUGUACCACUGGAGAGUAAGGAAGAAGAAGCCAAGUCCAAAAAUCAUUCAAGUGGCAGCACCAGAGCCCAGAGGAUUCAUUCUGGCCAGCAAAGGAGUAAGAAACAGAAUGCUGGUGUGGAGAGUAAAAGCACAAAUGGUGCCUUUUUAGACAAAGCAGCCGAGAAGAGCCCCACCAAAGCCCGGCAGCCUCGCAAAGUGGAUCUGCGUGCACGCUACUGGGCCUUCUUGUUUGACAACCUGCGGCGUGCGGUGGAUGAGAUCUACGUCACGUGCGAGUCUGAUCAAAGUGUCGUAGAAUGCAAGGAAGUGUUGAUGAUGUUGGACAACUAUGUGCGGGAUUUCAAAGCUCUCAUAGACUGGAUUCAGCUCCAAGAGAAGCUGGAGAAAACGGAUGCCCAGAACAGGCCUACCUCUUUAGCCUGGGAAUUGCGUAAAAUGUCACCAGGACGUCAUGUGGUGCCUAGCCCCUCUGCUGCAGACAGAAUGGUAUCUUCUCCUGGUACACGUCGCACCCUCAAUUUUGGUGGUCCUGCACCUGUAUUAGCUGCAGCCCGGCUGUCCCACUCGGGCCCCAGCUGGGCAGACAGGGUGAAGUGUACUCAGUCUGCCCCAAGUUCUACUCAUUUGACAACUUCUGAAGUUGGAAAAUCAUGUAAGAAGGAUGCAGAAGGCUGGGAGACUGUCCAACGAGGACGUGCUGCCAAGCCUCGCUCAGCAACCAUGAUCGCCAAAGUCAGCCCAGUCUUGGCCGUCAAUGUCACCCCAAAGCAGAACACGACCAACAAGCAGUCACAUGUGGUCCCACAAGAUCCACGCUUGUGCCCUUGUAGCCCCCCUGAUGAGAACGCAACCCAGGUGGACUCUGAGCAGCAAGUUUCCUCACAGCCGGACCCACAGGAGGAUGUUAAACAUCCAAUGAGUGGGGAUGCAAUGGAGCACCCAGCAGAGAAUGCACAAGAGUUGGGGCAUUGUGUCAACGAACCCUGCGAUAAGACGCUCCCCCCUAUAGCAGAUCUCAUCCCUUCCCAAGCCCCAGAGCCCACCCUAUGCUCAGCCUCAGUCCCACCAGCAGACACGACCUUAUCAGUUCCACUUCCUGCUCUGGCCCGCUCCGCAUCCCCAGAUCAACCUGAGGCGGAUGGGCUUGGCGGACCUUCUGUCGUUGGGGACGGUGUGGCUGAGGGGGGCUCUUCACAGGGCACGGCCACAUAUGCUCUACAACAUGCUGAGACUCCCAUGGCAGCGGUGAAACUGGAGAGUGUUCUGGACCCCACAGAGCUUUCUACUCCCCAGUCCAUGGCAGAGGUCCUGGCCAAGAAAGAGGAGUUGGCUGACCGACUGGAGAAGGCCAAUGAGGAAGCGAUCGCUAGUGCCAUUGCAGAGGAAGAGCAGCUGACCAGAGAGAUUCAAGCAGAGAACAAUGAUCUGGAGACAGACAAUGAAAAUGACUUCCCGGCUAGCAUGGCCAAUGGAGGGUGUGGACCCAAUAUGGAGUGGAGUGAGAUGCUAGCAGAUUAUGAUGGUAUGAUCUUCCACUUGCAAAUUUCAAAGGAAUGUUUCAGAAAUACUUAUUCACAUUUUGUAGCUCGGGAGACAUGGCGUCAGAGCACCUCGUGGGGUGACAUGGUGGAGGAAGAACCUUCUCGACCUCCUGGACACGGGAUCCACAUGCAUGAAAAAUUGUCCUCACCAUCACGUAAAAGGACCAUUGCGGAAUCAAAGAAAAAACAUGAGGAGAAACAGCUGAAGGCACAGCAACUGCGGGACAAACUGAGGGAGGAAAAGACACUCAAACUGCAGAAGCUUUUGGAAAGGGAAAAAGAGGUGAGGAAAUGGAAGGAGGAGUUGUUGGAGCAACGGAGGAAGAUGAUGGAGGAAAAGCUGUUGCAUGCAGAGUUUAAGAGAGAGCUGCAGCUCCAGGCCAUUGUGAAGAAGGCUCAAGAGGAGGAGGCCAAGGUCAAUGAAAUAGCAUUCAUCAAUACUCUAGAAGCCCAAAACAAAAGACAUGAUGCCUUGGCUAAGUUAAAUGAAUAUGAGCAACGGCUCAACGAGCUCCAGGAGGAGAGGCAGAGGAGACAGGAGGAGAAGCAGGCCAGAGAUGAGGCAGUGCAGGAACGCAAGCGUGCACUUGAAGCAGAGCGACAAGCACGCGUGGAGGAGUUGUUGAUGCGGCGCAAGGAGCAGGAGGCUCGAAUUGAACAGCAGCGGCAAGAAAAAGAGAAAGCAAGAGAGGAUGCGGCACGAGAGAGAGCCAGAGACCGAGAGGAACGACUGGCUGCUCUCAGUGCAGCUCAACAGGAGGCCAUGGAAGAGCUGCAGAAGAAAAUUCAAAUGAAGCAUGAUGAGAGUAGCCGCAGGCAUAUGGAGCAAAUCGAGCAGAGGAAGGAGAAGGCGGCUGAGCUCAGCAGUGGCCGGCAUGCAAACACAGACUACGCCCCCAAGCUGACGCCGUACGAACGCAAAAAACAGUGCUCACUCUGUAGCGUGAUGAUCACCUCGGAGGUGCACCUGUUCAGCCAUACCAAGGGCAAGAGGCACCAACAGGCCGUGCGAGACAGCAGCAGCAUCCAGGGACGGGAGCUCUCAGACGAGGAAGUGGAGCACCUUUCCUUGAAGAAAUACAUUGUGGACAUCAUGACAGAUGGUUCAGUUUCCUCUGAGAGUGUUAAGGAUGGGGAAGAGAGGCAAAAAGCCCGCAAGAAGGCCAAGAAGCUCCGCGCCAGAAUGAACUCUCGAGCAAAGCAAUACGAGACAUCAUUUCAGACGCAGGUUCCUGACUCCCCGUACAAGGCGAAGUUGCAGCGCCUCGUGAAGGACCUUUUGAAGCAGUUGCAGGGCCAAGACAAUGGGCAGUGGGCCAACAACAAAGUGUCCAGUCUGGACCGAACUUUAGGAGAGAUCUCGCGCAUCCUUGAGAAGCAGAACAAUGCAGACCAAGUAGCCUUCCAAGUGGGUGGCGGCCUAUCAGCUCUGGAGCAAAUCCUGCAGGUUGUCACUGCUGCCUCAUCGCCUACCGCCCUUCCCCGUAUUCCACUCAAGUCUCUCUGUGCAGCUGUGAAUACCUACUACUUGGCAUGCUCAUGCUGUCCCCUCAACUGCUCCUAUGUGCUCUUUAGCAACAAGAUUGCACUCCUCAUGGACCUACUGCUGCAUCAGCUAACGCUUUAUGUCCCAGACGAGGACAAGUCCAUCUUUGGCCGCACUGUUAACAAACAAGUCUUUGAGGGUUUGACCACGAGCUUGUUGCAGACCACCGCCACCAUCAUGGGGUCCCUUUUGCCGCUCACCUCAGAAUCGGGACACAGUGAAAGCAUGCUGAUUUCUUCGCCAGAUCUUAAGGGCAAAAACUCUGCCACAGAGUCCUUCAAUACUCGCACACAAGACUUAAUCAGCUAUGUGGUCAACAUGGGUUUAAUUGACAAGCUAUAUGGGUGCUUCCUGUCAAUCCAAAGCCCUGUGGAUGAGCACCCCAAGAUGGCGGCUUUCCUCCAGCAAGCUUCAGCUCUAUUGCACAGCAUGUGUAAGCUGUGCUUUGUCGUGACUGGACGAGGGUCCAGUAUUUUUGACAAUAAGCGACAGGACCCAACCGGGUUGACGACCCUCCUGCAGUCCACAGACCUGGUGGGAGUCGUGCACACGCUGUAUUCUAUCCUGCUGCACAGCUUUGUACCAGAAUCUUCCUCACAGAGCCAGGAACCCUACAGCCUUGGGGUCAUCCAGGUGGCUUUGCAAGGCAUCCGCUUCCUCAACAGUUUUGCCCUGCUUGACCUCUCCGCCUUCCAGACUGUUCUAGGAGCUGAGGGUUUGUCGCUCGCUUUCCGGCACAUCGUCAGCUCACUGCUGUGGUAUUGCACCCAGCAUUCGGCUGAAGAACUGCUCCAUGAAGUCAUCAUCUGUGUUGGAUACUUCACCAUCAAUCACCCGGACAACCAGGUGAUAGUGCAGUCUGGACGUCAGCCCAGUGUGCUGCAGAAACUGUGUCAGUUGCCAUUCCAGUAUUUCAGCCACCCACGCCUCAUCCGCGUGCUCUUUCCCUCGCUCAUCUCAGCGUGCUACAACAACGCUCCCAACAAGGUCAUCGUGCAGCAAGAGAUGAGUUGCGUGCUGCUGGCCACCUUCAUCCAGGAUUGCGCUGGAAGUGAGAAAGAUUCUGACACUAAAGCAAAGCAAAGCACACUCCAGCAGCUGGAUUACUGCGAGUUGCCCAACCGCUUCCCUAGAGACCAGUGGGACUCUGCUCUGCAGUUUUUCCUCAAGAAGCAGGACGAGUGAUGGCACAUUAAUAAAACUGGCCUGACAUUAUUUGCUGUAUUAAACUCUUAUUCCAUUCAAAAAUGUUAUAAUGUUAAAGGCUUAUUCCAAGUUGGUGCACCUGCCAGGAAAGCAGUCUAUGAGCAAUUUGCACAAAUGACUAAGUUUGUAUAUUAGAGCGCAACAAGACGGUUGUUUCUGUUCUGGAAACGUUAAUUUAUUACGUAAUUUGUAUUGGUCAUGCGUGUGUUUUUGUAGCUGCCAUAUUUAUCAUUCUUUCUCAAGACGGCAAAACAUGUAUAGUUGAUCAUAUUACGAUUUACAGUUAACAUACACACUAAAAUAUUUGGUAGUACAUUUUCUAUUGAUAUAAAUGUACUGUACAUAAUAAACGUUUUUGUUCUUGCCAGCUUUUAUUGUCACU